UAAAUAACAAGUGGUAUUCGGUGCUUUUGCUGAAUGAGUUUUUGGUGCGAACGUGCAGUCAAGUUCAGUCUUCUGAAGUCUUCAGCUCCACUGACGCAGCACUUUAAAGCCAUUUGCAUUCUAAAAAGAAUCGAGUUAUGUUGCCCAAAGCUUCUUGUCGGAACAUCUGAGGAAUUUCUGAGUUUUCAUCCCAGGCAAGUUUCCCUUCAGCAUCCCUUUACCGGCAGGACCUUCCCACUUCGGAGCGCACUUGGCUGAGGGGGAUCCAGAGCGACGCGCGGUGUUUCCAAGAGUUUAGACGGCGGCGUGGCAUCACAACGAUAAUGAGGAACUCCACAUCAUCAUCACGUGCGUGGUUGCGCUGCGUCUGUUGCCUGGCGAUGAUGAUGUCCCAGGGCGCGGUGUCCAUGGUGCUCAACCUCAACUCCUCCGACCUGGGCGCCCUGAUGGAGAAAUACCUGGACGAGGACGGGGACUGGUGGAGGGCGAAGCAGCGCGGCAGGAGAGCCAUCAGCCAGAGCGACAUGCAAGCCAUCCUUGACCUGCAUAACAAGCUCAGGGGCCAAGUGUACCCCCAGGCGUCCAACAUGGAACACAUGGUGUGGGAUACAGAGCUGGAGCGUACGGCUGAGGAGUGGGCAGAGACCUGUCUGUGGGAGCACGGUCCAGCUGGCCUGCUGCCUCAGAUUGGCCAGAACCUGGGAGUGCACUGGGGAAGGUAUCGUCCUCCAACGUCCCAUGUGCAGGCGUGGUAUGAUGAGGUGAAGGACUACUCCUUCCCCUACCCCCAGGAGUGCAACCCCUACUGCCCCUUCAGGUGCUCGGGCCCCGUCUGCACACACUACACACAGCUGGUCUGGGCCACCAGUAACCGGAUCGGCUGUGCCAUUAAUUUGUGUUACGACAUGAACGUGUGGGGCCAGAUCUGGUCUAAGGCCGUUUAUUUGGUCUGCAAUUACUCGCCCAAAGGGAAUUGGUGGGGCCACUCCCCCUACAAACACGGCAGCCCAUGCUCUGCCUGCCCCCCCAGCUACGGAGGAGGCUGCAGAGACAACCAAUGCUACAAAGAUGAUGGCACGCGGGAGGAAAACAACUCUGUCGAACCUGUGGUGCCGCCUCGCCCCCAGCCCCAGCCCCAGCCCCAGCCCCAGCCCCAGCCCCAGCCACAACCCCAGCCACAGCCUCAACCCCGUCAGCAGCAGCCCCAGGCACCCCCCACCAGCCCUCCCAUCCAGGAGCUGGACAGGAACGAGGUGGUCAGCACCCAGCAGAUGUCCCAGCUUGUGACCUGUGACACCAAGCUCCGUGAUCAGUGCAAGGGAACGCCCUGUAACAGGUAUGAGUGUCCUGCUGGGUGUCUGGAUUCAACAGCAAAGGUCGUGGGGACUGUGUACUAUGAAAUGCAAUCCAGUAUUUGCCGAGCUGGUUUGCAUUACGGUGUCAUCGACAAUGACGGAGGCUGGAUGGACGUGUCCCGGCAAGGGAGGAAGGACUUCUUCAUCAAGUCCUCCAAGAACGGUGUCCAGUCUCUGGGGAAGUACCAGAGUGCCAACGCCUUCACCGUGUCAAAAGUGACAGUGAAAGCUGUCACGUGUGAGACAACGGUGGCCCAGCUGUGCCCGUACCAGAAGCCUGCCAGGCACUGUCCCAGGAUAUACUGCCCACGCAACUGUAUGCAAGAGAACUCGCGAGUCAUUGGGACCAGAAUCUAUUCAGAUAGAUCCAGCAUCUGUAGGUCAGCGGUGCACGCAGGGGUCAUCAAGAACGAGUCUGGAGGCUACAUAGACGUCAUGCCUGUGGACAAGAGGAGGCAGUACAUCGCCUCCUACCAGAACGGCAUCUUCUCUGAAAGUUUACGGAACCCCCCAGGAGCCAAGGCCUUCCGCGUGUUUGCAGUCAUCUGAGUGCAAGGGAAUACAGCAUCUUCUCACCCCAGUGGACAGUCUGGAUGGGAGCCCUGAUUUAGCCAGAGGUGAAGGCACCAUUCAGAGUGCUUCAUUACCUAGGCCAGGUCAUUGUCAUCUUUCAGGAUGAAAAUUCUUUAGCAAUCAAUAUGUGAUGCAGAAAAACAACUUGUAAAAUUUUGGAGAAACGUCUCUCACGGUAACCCAUUUAAAAAAAAAAUUGUGAGUGUGUAUGUUUUUUUUUACUGGCAAGAGUAUUUUCUCCCUCUGCUGCUGUUAACAGGAGGGAAUGUGGUGUAUUUUUAUUGGGCUCGCUCGAUAGGUCACAUUGUCAAUAAUCCAUUCAUCAGAUCACACAUGCUUAAAAUCCUAUGUGUAAGCGCUUACAACUGCAACUGUUAAGAGUUUGUAAUCAUCAUAACUUAUGUUUCUCUUGUUAUUGGCACAUGUUGUCUCUUAUUUUAUUAUUUUAAGCUUUUAUCUUCAUCAUUUCUUUGUCAAAGAGAUACUAUGUGGAGUUAUAAUGUUGCUAUUUUUAUAUUGUGUAUAACAAAGUGUACAGGGGUGCUGCUAUGUGGACUGUAUACAGGUGCUUGUGUGUGUGUGUGUGUGUGUGUGUGUGUGUGUGUGUGUGUGUGUGUGUGUGUGUGUGUGUGUGUGUGUGUGUGUGUGUGCGUGUGUGUGUGUGUGUGUGUGUGUUUGUGUGUGUGUGUGUGUGUGUGUGUUUCCUUUCAAAGUCAGAUAGAGAUGACAUCACAUUGAGUAAUUCCUAAGCAAUAAAGCGAAAUGAAAUGUUUGUUGCUGCGAAACUUGGAGCAAUGUAAGCUGGUAAAUGCAUCCAGCUCUUACAGAGCUGUAGUGUUUGGCCAAAAGUCUCCAUGGAUAUGUCAUGUGCAGCAACUUUCUCUUGAGCUCUGCUCUGCGUUUGUCAACACCUCUCUCU